AUGAAGUCCAAGGAAUUGUCUGUAGACCUCGGAGACAGGAUUGUAUCGAGGCACAGAUCUGGGGAAGGAUUUGACCGGAUGGGUUCUGGGGGUCCGCUCUUCAUUGACGUCACUUGGCAUCCGGCUGGAGAUCCGGGCUCGGAUAAAGAAACAUCCUCCAUGAUAAUAACAAGCACAGCGGUCAAUUACUGCGGCCUGGAGAGCGUCCUGCAUUUGACAUGCUGCAAUCAGACACAGGAGAAAAUCACAGCCCAUUUAAAUAAAGCCAAGCGGCUAGGCCUAAAGAAUAUCAUGGCCUUGAGAGGAGAUCCUAUUGGGGAAGAUUGGGUGGAGGAAGAUGGCGGUUUUAACUAUGCUACAGAUCUGGUCAAGCACAUUCGCUGUGAAUUCGAUGACUACUUUGAUAUCUGUGUUGCAGGUUACCCCACGGGCCACCCAGAGGCGGAGAGCUACGAAGAUGACCUCAGGCACCUGAAGGAGAAGGUUGAUGCUGGUGCGCACUUCAUCGUCACCCAGCUCUUCUUCAGGGCAGAAACCUUCCUCAAAUUUGUCAAAGACUGUCGGGCCAUUGGCAUCACCUGCCCCAUUCUCCCGGGAAUCUUCCCUAUUCAGGGGUAUCACUCACUGCGUCAGCUGGUCAAACUCUCCAAACUGGAAGUGCCGGAGGAGAUCACGCAGGUAAUUGAGCCCAUUAAGGAUAAUGACGCUGCCAUUCGCAGCUACGGCAUCCAGCAGGCGGUGGAGAUGUGUAAGGUUCUUCUGGCCAGCGGAGAGGUCCCGGGCCUGCACUUUUACACGCUCAACAGAGAGGUGGCCACCAUGGAGGUGCUCAGACAGCUGGGCUUAUGGGCAGAGGAUCCCCGGCGACCUCUGCCCUGGGCCGUCAGCGCUCAUCCGAAGCGUAAGGUAGAAGACGUCAGGCCAAUCUUCUGGGCUUCCCGACCCAAAAGCUACAUCCACAGAACGCAAGACUGGGAUGACUUUCCCAACGGAAGAUGGGGUAACUCCUCGUCACCAGCCUUUGGCGAGCUGACAGACUACUACCUGUUCUACCUGAAGAGUAAAUCUCCGAAAGAGGCCCUCCUGCAGAUGUGGGGUGAGGAACUAAUGAACGAGGAGAGUGUUUAUGAAGUCUUCACCAACUACAUCACCGCCCAAACCAACCGCAAUGGACACAAGGUCAUGUGUCUGCCGUGGAAUGACGAUCCUCUGGCUCCAGAGACCAACCUGCUGAAGGAUGAGUUGGAGAAGGUGAACCGCAGAGGGGUUCUGACCAUUAACUCUCAACCCAACAUUAACGGCAAACCCUCAUCCGACCCCAUUGUGGGCUGGGGCCCUGCGGGGGGAUACGUCUUUCAAAAGGCUUACCUGGAGUUUUUCACAUCCAGCGAAAAUGUUACUGCACUUCUGCAAGUGCUGAAGAAAUAUGAACCUCGUGUGAACUACCAUAUAGUCAACGUUCAGGGCAGGAACACUACAAAUGCCCAUGAUAUGCAGCCCAACGCUGUGACAUGGGGCAUAUUCCCCGGCAGAGAGAUAAUUCAGCCCACCGUCGUGGAUCCAGUCAGCUUUAUGUACUGGAAGGUGAUGCUUUUUCCACUUAGUAACCACCUUUAACACCCUAGCAACCACUAAGCAAUGCAAACUUAUUAGGUUGUGGUUAAACAGCCUGCACAUCCAUGUGUGACACUUCCAAAGUCCUUAUUGACCUCACAUUUGUACUCUGUCGCACUGGCACUCUUACAUUC